AUGCGCAGGUUGGUGUUAGGAGAAGCCCCCGCCCACGCGCCUCCUAGCAUAGCAAAGUAUUCCAUAAUUAUCGUUCUGGAGAUAGCCCAGAAGUGUCGACAAGUAAGACCAAAGCGCAUUAUCAUGAACAUCAAGGACUCCACAAAUUUGUGUAGUAAAUUUCGAUUGGCAGGGUAUGAAAUUGCGCAAGGAUCCCUUGGGAAAGCCCAGGAAGCGCAUAAGAGUUAA